AUGGUAAAAUAUCAUGAAAAGCUAUUACUGCACCUAGUCAAGUCUGGGAAGAUUCCUAAUCACAUUGCGUUUAUAAUGGACGGAAACAGAAGAUGAGCACUCAACUCGGGAAUGAACAAAAUCGAAGGGCAUCAAUUUGGGCUUGAAAAACUUCUUGAGGUUUUAGAGUGAUGUAUGGAGCUAGAAAUCAGAAUAAUUACAGUCUUUGCGUUUUCAACUGACAAUUUUAAUAGAAGUACUGAAGAAGUUAACGAGCUUAUGAGGCUGUUUUCAUUAAGUUGUGAAAAAAUUACAGAAAAAUCUAGUGUAGUUAUGCAAAAAGGAAUUAAAGUUAAAGUUUGUGGAGAUCUAACUGGGUUUCCAAAAGAGCAAAAAGAUGCAUUAGAAAAAAUUCAAAAAGAAACGAGCCAUAACUCGCUCUGCAAAUUAAAUAUUUGCUUGGGGUAUGGAGGAAUGGAAGAAGUAGCUCAGGCUAUGGAAAAAGUUGCUUUAAAAGUUAGUGAAAAUGCUGUUAAAGCUGAUGAUAUUACAAGAGAAAUGAUUGAGCAAGAGCUGUACAUCCCAGAACCUGUAGACCUGAUGGUAAGGACUGGAGAAUCGAGGCUCAGCAACUUUUUGCUAUACCAAUGCUGUGAAACUACAAAGUUUAUAAUGCUAACCAGCAUAUACUGGCCUAGCCUCAAAGUUUGGCAUUUAAUUUGGAUGAUUUUUAAAUAUCAAUACAUUUUAUAA